AAAUCUACAGAGAAUAGUCAAGGGAACAACUCUGUACCUCUCCAUUGUGCUGAAUGUUCAAACCACAACAAGCUCAUGCUCCACGUUGCUGACAUUUUAUUAUUUCACAACGUCGUUUUAACUGUAUCAUCAUCAAUAUUUUCGUAUUCUAUUCUUGGUGUUAUUUGCAUGUAAAUUAUAGAUAUGUUCGUAUUCAUAUUUUGGAUUUCUGUGAUACGGAUAAAUGUUACUUGUUUUUCCUUCCCCAGCCACCAUGAGGGGUAGCACACGUCCGUUCACCUGCGUGCCACCACACCUGCGUUUAAAGAUUCGGGAGACGCGAGGCGGAAAAGGGGCGCACGGGGAGGGCGAGACGGCUGAGGAGAAACCCGCUAACUGGACGAGGUCCACCUGGCAGGCUGAGCAGAGAGCAGUGGGCCUCACAAAAACGGAGGACACCGUGAAGGACACUAAGGUGGCCACUCCAGAAUCCCACCUCAGCUGGAUCAUGGGUAACCACACAGGCAGAGACAGCAAUGGCCCUACAGGUUCCCCAUUAGAUUUCUUCCACACGCCUCCUACCACGCCCUCAGAGGCAGAGCUGACUACAAUGGCCUUAUCCUCUGCAGCUUCCUCCAGUAAGGCACAGACGCCAUCACCAACCGGCCCCACCACCACCACGACCCCCACCACCCCCUCCGUCACCCCUCCCCCUGCAGACUGGACGCAGAACCCGCCCGCUCCCUCUGAAUGGGCCGUGAUCAGCGUCGACGGCGUCGCCCCAGAGACGAGUGCGAGCGACGCAGCGGUGAGGCGAGGGAAGGCAGCGGGCAGCCCGGUCAGCCCGGUCAGCCCGGUCAGCCCGGUCAGCCCGGCUCUCCUGCCCCCGUCCAGUGAGUCGGCUUCGGAGCGGAGCUGGCUGGAGCGCGACAGUGGGCUGGAGCCGCAGGCUGCGGCGGAGCCAGCUGGAGAGGAGAUGAACCUGGUUCUACUCAGUCUGAUGGAGCACUACAGGGCCUCGCUGUGCCUCGGCCCCAACGAUGAUGUGACCACCGGAGCAGUAGAGCUUCUAAGACACCUGAUAACAGAAAGAGAUGAGCUGGUUGAGGAGGUGGACACACUUAAGGAGACACUGAGGGCGGAGAGGUUGGAGUGGCAUCAGUUCCAGUGUGACCUGCAGGUAGCGGUGUCCGUGGCCGACCGGCUGCGGGUGGAAUCUGAACAGGCUCUCGCCGCGCUCCAGGAGACCCGGGGGGCUGUGGAGGAGCAGCUGGCUCGCGCCCUCGACAGGGAGAAGGCGAAGGAGGCCGAGCUGGAGCGUCUCCGGGCCGAGCACAGAGACGCCCGCCGCGAGCUCGCUGCACUCGCCCUGCAGCGGGAACUGGGUCGAGCCCCGCUGGACGCUCUGCGGGACACUCGCGAGGUCAAACGCGCCGCGGAGUGCGAUCAACCGGCCGAGCGGCGAGACUCUGGGGAGGGCGCGCGGGGGGUCGCGAGCGGGACACUGGGGCGAGUUGAAACCGACGCGGCAGUCCAAAGUGUCGAGGAGGACAACAACAAAAGGAAUCACGAGGUGGACGCUUUCGUUGAGGGCGGCGAUCCCGAGGAGGCAGACGGGCCCGGGGCCGGGCAGCUGACGGGGAAGGGCGUGGCGGAGGGAUACCUCCGUAGUUUGGCCAUGAUGGAGAAGAGAAAAGAUGGAAGGGAUCCCAGGAGGAUUGUGAUGCUGUCCGAAAGAUCUUGGAGUCUCUCUCGUCUCCCACUCCCAUCUGACUCCUCCAGUGAGAAGGGAAACUCAAAAAGCACAACCCUGCCGCUCUGCAAGAAAGAAGAGUCACCAAAAGAGAGAAGUAGCGACCGCAUUUUACAGCGGCAAGACAGCUGGUCCAGCUUUUACACAGGAAAACCGGAUGAGGACCCAAGCUCAGAUUCCAUCAAACCUCAGGAUGGUUUCAGCCGUCUGCUGAGGCGUCACGGCGGCUCCCGGAGGAACUCCCUGCUGCGCUGGUGCCAGAGUCGCACCAGAAGUUAUCAGAAUAUUGAAAUUACAAACUUCAGCAGCAGCUGGGAUGACGGUUUGGCGUUCUGCGCUGUUUAUCACACAUAUUUGCCAACCCGCAUCCCGUACGACGCCCUCAGCCCAGCAGACAAGAGGGAAAAUCUGGAUCUUGCUUUUAAGACGGGGGAGAGCGUGGGAAUCGUCGCCACACUGACAGCGGAGGAGAUGCUGAAGGCCAACGGACCGGACUGGCAGCAGGUCCUGGGCUAUGUCGAAAGCAUUUUCCGACACUUUGAGAUGUGAAGCUCUUCAGCAGCCUGGUUCUUCUCCAUGGUUGUGAAUUAAGGGCUGAAGCACCUCUACCACCACUAGAGGGAGUUCUAGUCGUAGUACAUUGAGCCAGCCAGGAUUUUAAAUGUCAGCAAUAUUCAACUUUAUGGUAUGUUUUAAAUUAUCAAUAUAUGUCCUUUCCACAGAAAACUAAAUAUUGGAGUUUUUCUAUUUUUCUACAUACCAUCUAUUCAGAUCCAGAUAGCUUCUUUUUGAUGACUCACAAGACACGAAAUUAUUUAAUUUAUACACACUAAAGAAAUCACUGUCACAUUUGUUUGUGGGUGCACUGGUUUUGCACGGUUUGUAAAUUAGCACUUGGAUUAAUGUAAAUUUGCAGUAUUUUUACUUUAAUGUCUUUCAAAUCUGGGACACUUUUAAGUUGUGUUAUUUCGACCAAUAGUAGUUUUAUCAUGAACCUCUACUGCUGUUUCAGUGUCAUGUCUGCAUGCAUCCAUACCUAAAACCCAAAGGGGGCGGACAUGAAAUCUGAUUUUAAUUGUUGGAAUGGUGUAAUUUUGACCGUAAGCAUAAAUGUAAAUGUCUGUAAGCGCUUCUGUAUUUAAAAGAAACAUUAAGCAUAAGACUGUUGUUUCCAAAUGCCUUAUUGCAAUAAUAAAGUUAUGUAUGUGGA